AAAGAGAGAAGGGAGAGGGGAGAAAUAGGCUUGGGGCUGGAGACAGCUCCUGGGGCUCUGGGAUUGCCUGUGAUCCCGUCCAGGCGGGGCCGGGACGGGGACGAUGCGCUCCGGGCUGCUGAGGCUCCCCGCGGCCGGCCGCCGCUGGUACCGGGGCUCGGGGCAUCGGGCGGAGGCCGGGCCGCACCGGGUGAUCGACCUGCGCAGCGACACGGUGAGCCGGCCCGGCGCGGCCAUGCGGGCCGCCAUGGGUAGCGCCGCAGUCGGGGACGAUGUGUACGGAGAGGACCCCACCGUCAACGAACUUCAGAGGCGAGCUGCUCAGCUGUUUGGAAUGGAGGCUGCUUUGUUUGUUCCCACUGGAACAAUGGGGAACCUGAUUUCAGUUAUGUGUCAUUGCUGGGAAAGAGGAACGGAGCUCAUUGUUGGAGAUCGAGCACACAUUCAUAUCUUUGAACAGGGAGGUGGUGCACAGAUUGCAGGAGUUCAUUCGCGUGUUGUGAAGAAUCUUCCAGAUGGGACUUUUGAUCUGAAUGAAUUGGAAUCCAACAUACGACACGAUUACCCUGACCCGCACGUCACCAGAACAAGCCUCAUUUGCCUGGAGAACACCCACAAUGUGAAAGGAGGCCGUGUCCUGCCACUUCCCUUUCUCCAGGAGGUGCGAGAGCUGGCCGACAUCUACAAGCUGCCGAUCCACAUGGACGGAGCCCGCCUGAUGAACGCAGCCGUGGCCCUGCGUGUCCAAGCCUCGGACAUCCUGCGGCACUGUGACUCUGUGUCCCUGUGCCUGUCCAAGGGUCUCGGCUCUCCGGUCGGCUCCAUCAUCGGCGGACGCAAGGACUUCAUUGAGCGGGCGGUGCGGCUGCGCAAGGUGCUCGGGGGAGGCAUGAGGCAGGCGGGCGUGUUGGCUGCGGCUGGGCUCAUCUCCAUCUCAGACAUGGUGGACCGGCUCAAGGAAGACCACCGGAACGCCAGGACCUUUGCCCAAGGUAUUAAGAUGUACGCCACGCCGUUCUGUGAGGUUGACGUGGACACUGUAGAGACGAACAUCCUCCUGUUUACAAUCAACAGCCCCCACGCCACGGCCGAGGAGUUCUGCAGGAGGAUGGGCGAAGUGAGCGAGGAGGAGGUGGCGGAAACAGGCCGUGGCGUGCGCGUGCUCCUGUUCCCAAUAUACGGGCACAUACUGCGCGCCGUUUGGCACCUGGACGUCUCGGAGGAGGACACCCACCUGGCCUUGAGGAAGCUGCAGUUUGUGGUCAAUAAACUGGAGCAGCAGUCAACCUAACCCGAAGAUCGACACAAAAAGGAAAGAACUGCAGAUGCUGGUUUAAACCAAAGAUAGACGCAAAAUGCUG